AUGGGGGAUAAGGGCGGCCCUCUUCAGGCCAUUGUCGAGGCGGAUCUUCUAGACGAGAGAUACCAAACCACCCAGCGAGGUCUCAAAAACCGCCAUGUCCAGCUCAUCGCUUUGGGCGGUACCAUCGGUACCGGGCUCUUCGUCGCCUCCGGCCAGGCGAUGGCCAUCGGGGGACCCGCAAGUCUACUCGUCGGGUAUAUCAUUAUCUCAGUAAUUAUUUACUCGCUGGUCACCGCGGUUGGUGAGGUCGCCUCGUAUUUACCGGUCCAUGGUGCGAGUAUGAGUUAUCACGGUUUUCGCUACGUGUCGCGCAGUCUUGGUUUUGCGAUGGGAUAUCUAUACUGGUACUCGCUGGCAAUUCUGAUGGCGUACGAGCUGACAGCGUGCUCGUUGAUUAUCUCCUACUGGAACACGAGCAUUAACGUCGCGGUGUGGAUAUCGAUCAUGUUGGUUGUGGUGGUUAUGCUCAAUUUCCUGCCGGUUCGCGGAUACGGCGAAGUAGAGUUUUGGUUUGCUGGUAUCAAGAUCAUCACUCUAAUAGGGCUCUUCUUGCUAUCGUUUAUCCUCAUGCUGGGCGGUGGUCCUGACCACGAUCGAAAAGGCUUCCGGUAUUGGAACAACCCAGGCGCGAUGAACGAGUACCUCGUUGGAGGCAAUACCGGUCGCUUCGUCGCUCUUUUAGCCACCAUUCAAAAAAGCAGCAUUGCGUUUAUCUUUGGUCCGGAGUUGAUCGUCCUCUCUGGAUCUGAAAUGAUCUCGCCGCGACAGAACGUCUCCCGCGCAGUACGCAAUUUCGUCUAUCGACUGGUCUUCUUCUACGUCCUUGGCGCCUUGGCUAUCGGAGUCAUCUGCCCAUCGAACGAUAGUAGACUCACCAGUGGCGGCUCAGGGGCUGGCUCUUCGCCGUUUGUCGUGGGGAUCAAGAACGCCGGAAUCCCGGUAUUAGACCACAUUAUCAACGCCGCGAUCCUGACCAGCGCAUGGUCAGCUGGAAACGCAUUCCUGUACAUGUCCUCGCGAUCGCUGUACUCACUGGCGGUAUCCGGUAAUGCGCCAAAGAUAUUCAAGACCUGCACUCGCCGUGGCGUGCCAUACUACGCGGUCGGCGCUUCCUCGCUCUUCGCAGGCCUAGCAUACCUCUCCGUCGGCAGCUCAAGUUCCGUGGUAUUCAACUGGCUGGUCAACUUCACCAACACGUCUGGCUUCAUCUCGUGGGCAUGCUGCUGCGUCGUGUACUUCCGUUUCUGUCGCGCAGUCCAAGUCCAAGGCAUCGAGAAGCCGUACGAAAGCCGCCUACAACCAUGGGGCGCGUACAUCGGCAUGGCAGGCUCCAUCUUCCUCAUGCUAAUCAACGGCUUCACGGUAUUCUUCCCAUCGGAAUGGUCCGUCAGCAACUUUUUCACGGCGUACAUCGGCAUCCCGGCAUUCCUCGCUUUGUACUUUGGCCACCGAAUCGUUUAUUGGCGGGAUCCUUGGGCGUGGAAACCGGAAGACGUGGAUAUGCAGACCGGUUUGCAGGAGAUCCUCGAAGCCGAAGAACCACCGCGACCUCGGAGGACAUUAAAGGAGAAAAUGAGUGUUUUGGUCGAUUAG